UGCGAGGCGGGGCGUGUACCCACAAUGCUCCGCGACCUUAUGUCAGGUGACCUGCCGAAAGGAGAGAGAUGAUGUCGUCUGUGAAUAGUAGGGAAAUGAAUAAAUCCGUAAUGGUGCCGCUGCUUGUUUACGCCUUUUUAAUUACAGGCAUUCUUUGCGACCGCCUUACGGUCCUUCAUGCCCCACAGUAUGUGACAUUCCGAGAAGGACAGUGGCCAAUUUCUGGGGAGAAGAUACCAGACCUUGUGUCUCUUACCAUGGGGUUUUCUGUGCAGGAGGAGCUGGGAUGGCCGGGCCUGCUGGUUGGCCCCCUGUUUCAGCGUCCUCGGGCUGCUGCACUGCUGGUGGUCAGGGGGGUGGACAGCCUGCAGUUUCCCCAGAGCGCCGUGUCCUACCCACUGGAAAAUCCUGUGCCCUUCACCCUGGACAGCGUGUCCAACACAGUGCACUCGCUGUUUGCGGACGACACCCCUGUGGUACUGCAGCUGGCCCCCAGUGAAGAGAGGCUGUAUAUGGUGGGCAAAGCCAACCUAGUGUUUGAAGACCUUCCUGUGACCUUGCAGCAGAUUAAGGGUCGUCUGUCCCAAGAGGGCUCCAUCCUCACUUCUCUGCCGCUAAACUCCCUUAGCAGGAACAAUGAGGCGGACCUGCUUUUCCUGUCUGAGGUGCAAGUGUUGCAUGACAUCGCUGCCCUGCUAUUGAGGCACAAGCACCUGGCGAAGGAUCACUCCCCAGAUGUGUACUCGCUGGAGCUGGCUGGAUUGGAGGAGAUCAGUCGCCGAUAUGGCCUAGACUCCCCGCAGUACAGGGAUGCUGCCGGUAUCCUGGCCCGUGCUCUGCAGAAGUUCGCGGAUGACGUGUCCGGCAUCUAUGGCGAUGAUGCGGUGGUAGAAGUGGUGACGGUGAAAAGCUUUGAGACGCCCCUCACCAGGAAGUCGCGAUCGAUCCUGCAGUCCAGCCAGAUUAGCAACCCGGGGACCAAGUACAAUCUAGCUUACAGUUACAACUUUGAGUACUCUGUGAUCUUCAACAUUGUGCUGUGGCUCAUGAUUGGCCUGGCACUGGCUGUCAUCGUCAUCUCCUACAACCUGUGGAACAUGGACCCAGGCUAUGACAGCAUCAUCUACAGAAUGACCAAUCAGAAGAUCCGUCUGGACUAAGCAGUCCUGGCCUCCUUCCCCUUGAUUUGUCAUGGUGUGCCCUCCCUUCCCCCCCCCAUCUAGCAGCCUGGGUUGCUGAGUCCCAUUCUCCUCUGAUGGUCUUCAGACUUGGCAUUAAUUUGUUUCCAUAAUCAUGUGGUGGCUUUGCACAGUUGCUCACAUGAAUUACGGGAAUUUGUUGAAUAUUUGCCCAUAUCGAUAUGAGAAAUACCGAACUUUUACUUAUCCCUUCUUCAAUAUCAAUUAGCUUUUCAUUCCAUUUAAAAGUCGAGGCACAUGUUGUGUAAUGAUGUCUGAGUGCUGUGUGUGUGCUGUUUGUCAGUACCAAGUCAGACCGCAGGUACACCUUUCAGCGACUCCCCUGCCACCUCGUCCUACAACAUACCCCUUGGGAAAUUGCACUGAAGUCCUAUAUUUUUAACGACAGCUGUUUUACAGAGGACUGUGUAACGUCACUGACGCCUUCUGUGUUCUGACGGUUCUCCAGAAAUGUGUUGAGGACCAUUUGGUUAUACCCAGGACCAUGGGGUAUGUGUCUUUGGUUAUGACUUCUAAGGGGCACAGUGCAUUGCAAAUUUCUGUUUACAUCAGGCUGCUGGUGAUUAAUUAAUUCGAGAAAAUACCCUGGUGAAUCCAUUUUGGGAGUUUGCUGGUGUUAUAAGUCUUAAUGCUAGUUUGUGUAUUGGUUAAAUUAAUGGAUAUAAAUAUAUGUAUAUACUGAGAAGAUUAUUCAUUUAUGAAGAUAUUUUAAUGGUCGUCGUGUUGCAUCAUAGUGCUUGGUGUGUUUAGACCCCUGACAUUGUCCUGGUACAUGGUCACAUGUCUGUAAAGGUUGUUUUGAGUGAAUGUUCUGUGAUUGGUGUGCAACAUUCCCAUUGCCCUUCGUGUUGACAUUCUCUUUGUGUUAAAAGGGGUUUAAUUUGCUUUUAGUUUCCUGUGAUGUAGAAGUAGAACAGAGUGUUAGUGUGUCUUCAUGCAGGCACCCCACCCGACUUCAGUUAAGAGGACGCAUCUUAGGAAAUUGUGAGCUUUAAAUGGAUGAGAGUGGCUGUCGUUUUCCAAAGGCAUGGGAGAUGUGUAACCUUGUGAAAUGUUCAAAUAAAAAAAGGUCCACCUUGA